AUGAAGAAAAAAAAUUCGAAAAGUACAAAAAAUACAAACGAAGGUUCAACACUCAAUGAAUAUGAAAAACAACGACUUGAAAAUAUUCGUCGUAAUGAAGAAAUUCUUAGGCAACUAAACAUUCCUGAACUUGCUCGUUCUGUAAAAGUUCAAUUUAAACCGAAACCUAAACCAAAACCAAAAAGACAAGUUGAAAUUAAAAAACCAAGUCAACCUACACGUCAAUCUUUACGUCUACGUGAUUCGACAUCUAUUGAUGAUACCAAUUAUUUUGUUGAUAUUUUAUCGAAUUUGACAAAAUCUAACGCGGGAGAAAGUUAUAAAAAUGAUAAAACAAAAAGCAUCGACUAUAGUUGUAUUUCAGGAGGAGAGAAUGGUUUUAAAGCAGUUCGAUCUGCUUGUAGAUCACUCGCCUUGAGGCAAGAAUGGUCGUCCGUUAAAGUUACACCAGAGAGAAUUUAUUGUAUUGCUAUUCAUCCUGAUAAAGAGAAAGUGCUGGCUGUCGCUGGCGAUAAAGCCGGAUGGCUUGGAUUUUGGGAUGUUAAAGAAAAAAUCGAAUAUGAGGAUGACGAAGAUGAACCGAGGACUUAUAAGUUUCAAGUUCACUCAAAAACUAUAACGUCUACAAUGUAUUCGCCUACAAAUUCUAAUUAUCUCUACACGUGUUCAUACGAUGGAUCCGUUCGUUCAUUUGAUUUUAGUCAAGCAAAAUCUACGGAAGCCUUUGUAACACCGAAUGAAGACUUUUUGUCCAGUAUGGAUAUGGAUCCUAAUGGUCAAAUAAUUUAUUUAUCUACCAAUCAUGGCCAAUUUAUGAUAAAAGAUAUCCGUGAAUCGAAAGAAACAUUUACGGAAUAUAAAUUACAUGACAAUAAAAUUGGAUGUAUCUCGAUUAAUAAGGUUCAUCCUCAAUAUCUUGUCACAUCUUCAUUGGAUAGAUCGAUGCGUCUUUGGGAUAUUCGUAAAUUGAACGCUGAAACGUCAACCGAAAUUCAAGAAAUCAAGUAUAGUAAUUCAGUUACCAGCGCUUAUUGGAGUCCAAAUGGUAAUCAAAUUGCAACAUCCAGCUUUGAAGAUAUGGUGAGAGUAUGGGUUACAAUGUUUCGCGCAACUUGGAAUCCGAACCCAAAUUUGCAUCCCCACUUUAUCAUUGGAAACAUGAGAAGAUCAGCUGAUAUACUUUCUGGAGUAACGGGUGAAUUAAUUUGGAGUAUGUGUGAUGACAGACUUACAGCUAUACCAGGUAAGAAAUAA